AUGUGCCUAGACUUCCAGAAGUGGCAUGUGUUCUUCGCCGGCGAGCGGCUGGACAGCCAGGAGUCCUUCCAGUUGGCCAAGAAGCUUUGGAUCGAUGCCUGCGGCAUCCCGGAGCCACAGGUGCAUCCAGUGCCCCAGAUGCUUCCAGCAGAGGGCGCCGCGGCACAGUACACUGCACGGGGCCCCGGAAUUUCCAGCGCGUCUUCUUAUUGA